AUGUCGCAACUCGCCAAGAAGGUUGAGAAGCAGGAGGAGCUCACCGAGAAGGCGGAGAUGCUGCAGAAGGUGCGCGAGCGCGCGCGGGAGGAGCAGAAGGAGAAGAGCGAGCAGCUGAAGCGACAGAAGCAGCUCGAGGAGGAGCAGCGGCAGCGCCACCGGGAGAAGUGCAUUCUAGAGGUGGCGGAAAAGCUGCAGCUGAAGAAGCGCCAGAAGAAGGAGGAGGAGCAGCGCCUGAAGUUGGAGCUGAAGGAGAUCUCCACGAAGCGGCAGUUCCUAGCGGCGAAGGCGGAGAUGGUGGAGGCCAAGGCCCAUGCGGAGCAGCAGGCGGGGCUGGACCGAGAGGCGCAGAAACGGCAGAAGGUGACCCUCGCAGAGCAGCGCCGGAAGAACCAGAUCAAGGUCUCGGAGGACCAGCGGCUCCGAGAUAACCAGGAGCGUGAGGUCCAGGAGUAUCAGCAGAUGCAGCAGACGGUGGCCACGCGCCUGGAGCGCGCCAAGGCGGCGGACGUGGCCCUGAAGGACGAGAUUUUGCAGUCCGUGGCCUCCGCUCGGUCCAUGCAGCGCCAAGUGGGGAAGCGGGGCAUGCAAGAGCACGGCCACUCCCAGAACGCCUACAUGAAGCGAAUUCAGGGCCGAAUGGCCACCUCCUGCUGA